AUCUUCUCUGUUGUCUUUUAUAGAUAAAAUGUUCAACAGUUCGUUGGCAACUUUCUUCAGAAGAAUAAUUACUACUGCUCUGCUCUUGCCAUAAUAUCAGAGUUCUGUGACCUUCACAUCCGUGCUAAACAUCAGCAGAGAAUCCUGGUUUGUUCCUUCUGUGUAGAUGGAACAGGCAUCGGUCAUGAGAACCCAUCCUGAUUUAAAGCUGCUUGCUUGGUUUUCUGGGAUUAAAGGUGCUUAAUGAAUCAGGCCCCCCCAGAUGAGUCAAACAGCCAAUUCUUGCCAACAGUUGGUUGAAAACUGUGCUGUGCAUGUAGCAGGUAUGGCGCAAGAGGACAGUCGCCGUGGUCAAGUGCCACCCACAUUUUAUCAUGGUGCCAGCCAGGAACUCGAUCUGUCCACCAAAGUAUACAAGAGAGAGUCAGGAAGUCCUUACCCAGUGUUGGUGGACAGCAAAAUGAGCAAACCACACCUCCAUGAAAGAGAGGAGCAGCCGUAUUUCAGGGAGAACAGAUCAGUAGGAGAAGUCCGGGCUGUGAAAGAAGAUAGAGAAAACUCUGACGACUCUGAGGAGGAGGAAGAGGAGGAAGAUGAAGUGACUUACAAAAGGGAGCAGAUUAUAGUAGAGGUAAACCUUAACAACCAAACAUUAAAUGUAUCAAAAGGGGAGAAGGGUGUCCCCUCCCAGUCCAAAGAGACUGCUGUUCUUAAGACCAGCAGUGAGGAAGAGGAGGGUGACAGUGGGGAAGAGGCCACUGAAGACAGUAAUGAUUAUGAGGAAAAUGAGAGGCAGAAGAAAAAAGAGAAAAGAGUGGAAAAAGUUAGUGUUGCACAAAGGAGAACAAGGAGAGCUGCAUCUGCUGCAGCAGCCACAACUUCCCCAUCACCCAGAACUACAAGGGGUCGUAGAAAGAGUGUGGAGCCCCCCAAGCGUAAGAAGAAAGCUGCAAAGGAGCCCAAGGCACCUGUGCAGAAAUCAAAGUGUGAAGAGAAGGAGACUUUAACCUGUGAGAAGUGCCCCAGGGUGUUUAACACACGCUGGUACCUGGAGAAGCACAUGAACGUCACUCACAGGCGCAUGCAGAUCUGCGACAAAUGUGGGAAGAAAUUUGUUCUAGAAAGUGAGCUGUCCCUUCACCAGCAAACAGACUGUGAAAAAAAUAUCCAGUGUGUUUCCUGUAAUAAGUCUUUCAAGAAACUCUGGUCCCUCCAUGAGCAUAUCAAGAUUGUCCAUGGAUACGCAGAAAAGAAAUUCUCUUGUGAGAUUUGUGAAAAGAAGUUCUACACCAUGGCCCAUGUGCGGAAACAUAUGGUUGCACACACAAAGGACAUGCCUUUUACAUGUGAAACCUGUGGGAAAUCAUUCAAGCGCAGUAUGUCUCUCAAGGUACAUUCCCUACAGCAUUCUGGAGAGAAGCCUUUCAGAUGUGAGAACUGUGAUGAGAGGUUUCAGUACAAGUAUCAGCUGCGUUCCCACAUGAGCAUCCACAUCGGGCACAAACAGUUCAUGUGCCAGUGGUGUGGCAAAGACUUCAAUAUGAAACAGUACUUUGAUGAGCACAUGAAGACACACACUGGAGAGAAGCCCUUUAUCUGUGAAAUCUGUGGGAAAAGCUUCACCAGCCGCCCAAACAUGAAGAGACAUCGCCGAACUCACACAGGGGAGAAGCCCUACCCAUGUGAUGUGUGUGGCCAGCGAUUUCGCUUCUCCAACAUGCUCAAGGCACACAAGGAGAAGUGCUUCCGUGUUACCAGCCCUGUUAACGUGUCAUCUGCUGUCCAGAUCCCACUGUCCACAACUUCUGCCACCACAGUUCCUGCUGUAGUGAACGCACCCACCGCCCCAACCCCACCAAUCAACCUGAACCCAGUGAGCACACUUCCUCCACGCCCCAUUCCCCAUCCGUAUUCACAUCUUCACCUACAUCCUCAUCCUCACCAUCCACAUCAUCUUUCAGUUCCCCCCGUUCCCCAUUUACCCCCUCCUCCUGCUCUUUUUAAGAGUGAGCCUUUAAAUCAUAGGGGUCAGAGUGAGGACAGCUUUUUGCGACACCUGGCAGAAAAAAACAGUUCAGCACAGCACCACUAACAUCUUUGCUUCCUGCCAGCUAUUUUCCCACUUUAUGCACAUGGAAACAUGCCCUCAUGGAAGUGCAGAGGGUUAGUUGAUGAGGACUUUCGUCUCUCUCAUAGCCCCCAGCAGAUGGUCCCGAUUUUUCCUUUGAAUCAUUUAGCAAACAAGGAAAUCCUGUGUUGGAUCAGCAGUGCUCAUUUGAACCUGGGAACCAACAGGACUUAAUCCCAAUUUGCUUGUGUUUUCCUGGUGACUUUUAUAAAUUUCAGAUACUGAGACUUGUGGAAUUUUAUAAUUUCAUAUCAGCUGAUGAGGUAUGCUUGCUUUUAUAUCCCGGACUUCUCCUCAAAGAGGAGAGAGGCCUGGUUUUCUUUGUACUAAUCGGAAAGGCUGUGAGAUUAAUACAGAGCAUUAAUUGUAUCACUGUGUAUCGUAAUGGAUUCUUUUCAGCUUUUGGUGCCGGCUAUGGAGUGAGCCAGCCACGUAUCACGGUAUAUUUGAGCAUUAUAAAGAAAGACAAAAAAAUUUCUUGUUUGUGUAGCUCUCCUAACACACUCUUUAUUUUACUACAGAAAUUAUUUUAGAGUUUUUUGUAUAGACCUAUUUAGUAGUCGGUUUCUAAAAUGAAAUGUAUUUCAAUAAGCGGUGUAAUUUUUUCAGUGUAGCUGGACCUAUGUUGUAUAAUAGAUAAAUUUUUAUAAUCAUCAAAAUGUGAUUCUUAAAAGAUGCAUAUAGCUUCUAUAGUUAAAGUUAUUCUUACAACCGUACAACUUAAAACAACAAAAGGUGCUUCAGAGAAGAAAGGAAUCCAAGAGGUCUCUGGAAAGGUUGCCUCAAAAGUGAUGUUGAUUUCAGAACUUUAUGUAAUUUAUUUUAGUAGGUUGGUGGGGUUUUUUUGUUUUGUUUUGUUUUGUUUUGUUUUUCUACCUUAAGUUUCCCUUUCCACAGUUUCUGUUAAGAGUUUAUGGAGAAGGAUGUUGAGAUACUGUAUUCUCCCUCCUCAGAUUUCAUUAAAUUCAAUUGGAGUCAGCUGUGAAAUGGGCUGGAAAGGGAGGAUUUCAAGUCAACCAUGCAUCUUUAUGUAGGAGAGCCUGUUUUAAUGGCUUUUCAUGGUAUGAUUUUAAGCUGGGGAUCCUAUCAAAUGCUGCUCUUCAGAUUGCUUUUUGGAAUUCCUGGAGUUAGGAGAGGGUAAUUAAGUGAAAUCAUAAAUGCAGUGUUUCUGACUGGUUGAUUGUAAGAGUGAGCAGUUUGGAUGAGACAAUGGUAUUUCAGUUGCAUUGUUGAGAAAACGCUGACAGCAGUGUAUGUGCCAUGGGAAGCUCCAUCCCAUAAAUAUACUCUGCAUAAAAUUAUGGGAUGAUUUCUAGGAGUUGUAGUCAUAUGUUUGGCAAAUCUAAGUUCUACAGUUAUAGGAUAGGAAGCUUUGAAUUGUAGGCAUGUCACUGUUCCAUAAUCCUGGGAGGCAAUGAGGAGGAAAUUGACAAGUAGUGCAGGGAUGGUGGGCUGGAAUGCCAACUGUGUAUGUUUUAACCAUCAAGUAGCUAUUAAUUUUUCAGGUUUGUAUUUCUCUUCAACUAAAACUAAGUAUAGCAGCAUUAUGCAAUCUAGUAAAUUGUUGCCACCUUCGGUGAAGACAGAUGCUCAAGGCAACGUACUGCAAGUUCUCAAUUCUAUAAAAUUUGUACUCUUCUGAGCUGCUUUUUAAAUUAAUCCCACCAAACUGUAGAUCCAGAGAUCCUCUAGACAGAUGUCUAACAUACCAUUCUGCUUACUAAUGAACUGGGGUUUUGUGGCUGGUGGGAGUGAUUUUUUUCAGUCUUCAAGAUAGCAGAAAUGGUGGAAGUUCUUCUUCCUGUUACUUCCUCGAAGUUAAUGCUUUUAAGCACUGUGUUUCGAAACACUAUGUCCUCUGUCUGUCAAGAAUUAGUUCCUUAGUUGAUGUUUUUCACAAUUUUCUACCAUCUAAUCAUUAAUAUUUUUCCAUAACAUGCAUAGCAAACUGUAGGAACCAGGAAGGGCAAUUUUGGCCCAACAAACCUAUUCGUUUUUGACUGAGCUGAAACCCCUUCCAGCAUUUCUGAAAAAUAAAACAGUGUGUUUUUUAAAUGUUUUCUCUACAGUAUUUAUAUACAAUCUCUUAUCUUCUAGGCAAAAAAAAAAA